AUGAAACUGUGCGCCGUGCUAUUGCUGUUUAUUCUUCGAAAUUGUUCGGGGGAGGAUUUCCCAUCUCUGAUCACUGCGAACGCUUCUAUAGCUGUGGUUUUGGAUCGUCAAUUUCUGGGCGAAAAUUAUCAGUCUACUCUUGAUGACUUGAAAGAUUAUAUAAAAGAAUUGACGCGUGUUGAACUCAAACAUGGCGGAGUCAAUGUGCAUUACUUCUCUUGGACUGCUAUCAGCCUUAAAAAAGGCUUUCUAGCGGUUUUGAGUAUAGCGUCUUGUGAGGAAACCUGGUCACUGUAUACUAGAACCAAAGAAGAAGAACUUCUAUUAUUCGCAUUGACAGAAGUUGACUGUCCACGUCUACCAACGGAUUCUGCUGUUACUGUUACUUUUACAGAGCCUGGUCAAGAACUAGCUCAAUUAUUAUUAGAUUUAAGGACUCAGAGAGCAUUUAAUUGGAAAUCAGUAGUAAUAUUGCAUGAUAAUACUUUAGCCAGAGACAUGAUAUCUCGCGUAGUUCAAGCAUUGACAUCUCAGGUAGACGAUGAAGAUGUAACUUCUGUCUCCGUUACGGUAUUUAAAAUGAAGCACGAAGUUAACGAAUAUUUGAGAAGAAAAGAAGUCUACAGAGUAUUGUCAAAACUUCCUGUCAAAUACAUAGGCGAGAAUUUCAUAGCAAUAGUAUCGACAGAUGUAAUGAACACGAUGGCAGAGACAGUCCGCGACCUCGCAAUGUCACAUACUGGAGCUCAAUGGCUUUACAUCAUAUCCGACACGAAUACGAACGAAAAUAUUUCAAAUUUGAUCAACGAUUUAUAUGAGGGAGAAAAUAUUGCUUAUUUUUUUAAUGUCACUGACGACGGAAAAGAAUGUAAGAACGGCCUCUUGUGCUAUGCUCAGGAAAUGAUAAAUGCUUUCGUAUCAGCACUUGAAACAGCGAUUCAGGAAGAAUUCGAUGUGGCUGCCCAGGUGUCAGACGAGGAAUGGGAAGCAAUACGACCUAGUAAGCUUCAGAGAAGAGAUUCAUUACUCAAACAUAUGCAGCAACACUUGUCAUCUAAGAGUAGAUGUGGUAAUUGUAGUUCAUGGCAGGCUUUAGCAGCAGAUACGUGGGGUACCACUUACAGAGACAGCACAAAUGAAAAUAUUUCCAAAGAAAAUGUAACUACUUCUGUCAUUGAAGAUGUUAAGUUGAUAAAUGUUGGUGUAUGGCGUCCUAUAGACGGAAUUAAAUUUGAAGAUGUUUUAUUUCCUCAUGUUGAACACGGAUUUCGUGGAAAGGAAUUGCCUAUUAUUACUUACCAUAAUCCACCAUGGACGAUUUUGCAAUUAAAUGCAUCUGGCUCUAUCGUUAGUUACAGCGGCUUGUUAUUCGAUAUCGUCAAUCAAUUGGCUAAGAGUAAAAAUUUCACUAUUCGAAUAAUUUUGCCCGGAAAUUUAAGUCAUAACAUCACCAAUGACACUAACGAAGCUGCAAUUGACAUGACGUAUAGCGUUAGUUCAACAUUAAUCCUUACAGCGAUCGCGAAGGGUCAUGCAGCUUUUGCCGCUGCGGCUUUUACUGUUCUUACCGACUCUAAACCAGGUAUAAACUAUACAAUACCGGUAAGUACGCAGCCUUACUCGUUCAUCAUCGCGCGUCCCAGGGAAUUAAGUAGGGCAGUUUUGUUCCUACUACCAUUUACUACUGACACAUGGCUUUGCCUGGGAUUUGCAGUGAUAUUAAUGGGGCCAACAUUAUACAUUGUUCAUCGUUUAAGUCCAUAUUAUGAUGCAAUGGAGAUUACAAGGGAAGGUGGCCUUUCAACAAUUCAUAACUGCUUGUGGUACAUUUAUGGAGCUUUGCUUCAGCAAGGUGGUAUGUAUCUUCCCCGAGCAGAUAGUGGUCGCCUUGUAGUCGGUACAUGGUGGAUAGUUGUAUUGGUGGUGGUCACAACAUAUUCCGGUAAUUUGGUCGCUUUUUUAACCUUCCCUAAAUUGGAAAUUCCAAUAACAACGAUAUCGGAGUUACUGGAAAGCAAGACGUAUACAUGGUCGAUAACGAAGGGUUCGUUUUUGGAAAUGCAAUUAAAGAAUUCUGAUGAAUCAAAAUACAUAGACUUGCUGAAAAGGGCGGAAUUGACGGAUGGAACUAAUGUUGUAGAAGGCAAUGUUGUCUCUGGUUUGGAUAUUCUCAAUCGUGUUCGAAGACAGCGCCACGCACUUAUCGACUGGAAGCUGCGACUCAGUUAUUUCAUGAGAGCCGAGCAUCUCAAAAGCGACACUUGUGAUUUCACGCUCAGUACGGAAGAUUUUAUGGAUGAGCAAGUAGCGAUGAUUGUACCGGCUGGGAGUCCAUAUCUGCCAAUAAUAAAUAAGGAAAUCAACCGUAUGCAAAAAGCGGGGCUCAUCUCGAAGUGGUUAAGUGCUUAUUUACCAAAACGCGACCGAUGCUGGAAGACCUCUUCUGUUGAGGAAGUAAAUAAUCACACCGUCAACAUCAGUGACAUGCAGGGUUCCUUCUUUGUACUAUUUCUUGGAAUCAUCUCUGCGUCAACGAUUUUGUUGAUGGAAUGGUUUUAUAUGAGACGAAAGAAAAGGAUUGAACAGAUCAUUAUCAAACCUUAUAUUGAAUAAAUUGAUACCUUUGUU